AUGGACAUCAGCGGAAUCAUCGCGUUGCUACGCACAAAGCUCACCCUCCCCCAUCCCUCCCAAACCAAGGACAAGACAGUCCUGAUUACAGGCGCAAACACCGGUCUGGGCCGGGAAGCCGCUCGACAUGCUCUAGCCCUCGGCGCUGCAACAGUCAUCCUGGGCGUGCGAACGCUCUCCAAAGGCGAAGACGCAAAAGCCGAUAUCGAAUCCAGUACUGGGAAAACAGGUCGUGUUCUCGUAUGGCCGGUCGAUUUGGAGUCGUUUGCGAGCGUCAAGGCCUUUGCGGACAGAGUCAAAGAGCAUGUCGCUGGUGGAGGGAGACUGGAUAUCGCGAUUAUGAAUGCGGGGCUUGCGUCAAUGGAGUGGGCGGUUACGGGGGAUGGAUGGGAGAGGCAGAUCCAGGUGAAUGUGCUGUCGACGGCGCUGCUUUGUCUGGAGUUGCUUCCGUUGUUGCUGAAGACGGGGGAUCGGCCGCAUCUGACAAUUGUCGCGAGUGAUAUCCACCGGACGGUGAAGUUUGAGGAGCGCUCUGCGGAUCAUAUUCUUUCAGCUCUGAAUGACCACAGUCAGUGGGAGAAGUCGCAGACGAUAGGAGGUGCCGGGGAGCGAUACGCGGUAUCGAAGCUGCUGGAUAUCUUCAUCUCGACGGAACUGGCUCGAUUGGCGCCCCGUGACGAGAGUGGGAAUCCGCUGGUUAUUGUGAAUAGUCUGACGCCCGGGUUCUGCAAGUCGGAUCUUCUGACAAGGGAGAAGGCGCCGUUGCUGUUGAGGAUGGUGCAGAGCGUUGUUGCGAGGACGGUGGAGGAGGGGAGUAAGACAUUUUUGCACGCAGCUACCCAGGGGAGCGAGACUCAUGGGCUGUGGCUGGAGCAUCAGGCGAUUGCAGAUCCUGGGAAGAAUGUCACCGCUCCUGCUCAGCGGGCUGUAGGGGAAAAGGUCUGGGGGGAGAUCGUUGCGGUGUUGAAGGAGGUAGAUUCGGGGAUUCAGACGGAGUAUUGA